AAGAAAUACACACCCCGACAGCAUCGCCCGGUCUCGUUUGCUGGUGUUAUCCUUGACCAAAUCGGCACGACCACCAGCCUAAACUUGGGUAGGAGGCAUCUGAUCCUGAGCCCCUGGGUCUGGCACCAUUUACCAACCUCGCUCGACCUGGCUGACGCCUCUCGUCACUCGUCAACUCUCACUUCCACCUUUUCCUCAACCACGUUUUCAACGUCCCAAAUCUUCUUCACUCCUUUGGCGGUUUCCUCUUCUUGUUGUUGAUUCGCUCCUCGACCUCGACCCCGACCCGACGGCAUUCCACCUUAACCUUCUUGCCUCACCAUAUCACACCUCACUACCCCCUACCUCUUACCCUGUGUGCGCGGGCUUUCUCUCUCAACACCAGCAACCAAAUCUCACCACUACCACCUCGUCACCUUCCGCUAGGUACGCUACCUUCCGACCCCUCUCCAAUCCGAUUUGAUCCUUGACCUCCGGCUUCCCUGCUUCACCUGCCUUCGACUCCGCUGCUGGGCGCCUUCGCUGUCGCUGGUCGAAAAGCAGUCGCAUUUUUCCCUGGUUCGUGCGUUCACCGCCUUCUGUUCCCCCUCCUCUUCUCCAGUUCUGGAUGGAGACCUCGACAGGAGUCCAUAGCUAAACGAGACGGUUUCCCUUACAGCUAUCGCCUGAGACUUUUUCUUAGAACCUCCCGGAUCCUGGCACCUCUACCCCUGCCCUGUUCGCCCGCCCACCGCACUGCACCGCACCGAAUUGUACCACAAAGUACCAACCCCUAGUCCUGCCUGACCAGUCAACGACCCAAAGGACCCCGAGACCCUCCUACGAUUAAAAAGCCCGGGCCAGCCCCCCGUGCGAGAGCAACGACGGACGUUGCGAGAGAAAGAAAAAAAUAUCCUCGCCGGCCAAACAGCAUCGCCCAAUCGCCAAUCCGGCUGGUCACCAGCAAGUGACAUGUCAUGGACAGCUCCUCGACGCCGCUCGCAGACUACUUCUGGAUCGCCGGCAUAGAGUCCAUCUCCUACCAGGACUCUACCCCGCAGCCCCCCUCCAACCUCGAGUCCACCAUCGCCGAGGACAGCGAAUAUGAGGAGAGCGACACCGAGCUGAAUGCCACUCCGAGCAAGCGAGUGGCUCGCCAUUCCAGCGUCGGCCGCCAUUCCAGACAGAACUCGGGCGGCCGCACCUCCAAUGGUCGCUUUUCCAUCCACACCUUGGACGAGGUUGAUGGGAACACGCGAAGCAACCGGAGCAGCGCUACGAUUCGUCCCUCCCAUGCCAGUCAGAUCAACGGCUCAUCCGGCGGCGGCAAUGGUCUCAACAUCUUCAACGGCCUGCCCGGCCUCAACGGCUUGAAUGCCGAAGGUCAAUUCAUCGAAGGAUUCGACUUUGACAAGGCCCUGCUCAAGUUCGCCGCCGAACGGGAAAACUUCCUGGAGGACUUGUCCUUCAGCGCUGGUGCCAGAACACAGGCCAGGCCCCCCAUGGUCAACCCGAGAGCCGAGCGCAUCAAGGCCGACGAGGGCGACAUGAGCGGCCGGAGGAGCCCCUUGCGCAGCAUCGAGAGGAGCAUCAAGGGCAGCAUCCGCCGGAAGAUAAGUUUCAGAGACAUGAACAGCAUGCGCAAACAGCCUACCACUCCUCGAGCAAGCACGCCCGGAGCCGGUACGAUCCCCCGCCAAGCUUCAAUUAGAACCACUAAGCGCUUGAGCAACUACAACUCUGUCAUCCCCCCUCCGGAGCCCCUGAAUACGGACCCAGACAUGCACCCACUCAAAAGACGCUUCGAGCCCGUGUUGCUGGACAGAUACCCGGCCAAGGACGCGACGGACGAGAUCAGCCGUCGCGGCAGAUUUCCCGACUAUGUUCCCAUGUUUGCUUUCCCCAACGACAUCCAUAUCGUGUCUUCGGACGAGCGACCCCGUUCCACCUGGCACGGCUUCACGAUGACUUCGGAUGACAACUCCAAGAUCUAUGGUAUCACCAUCAUCAUUUGGACUGCCCUGACGUCCGAGGUUGCAGACGAGGUGGAGACGAGGUGUGAACAGUGGCGUCAGAGCCACAUGUCCAACGAGGAGCGCGAGUUGGCGGCCAGUCUUGGUGUGCGACUUGCAGCCGAGCGUGCCCACCUUUCUCAGCUCCUCGCGAAGCUCCCCACAGUCCCCUCGGGGUCAUCCGCCCGAGAUAUCCUGGACGACCAGAUCAGUACCGUGGAAGAGAAGAUCAGUCUCAUGACAGAAAUGCUGAGACCCCUGCGCCACGGCGCCGCAUCCAAGAUCGACGGCUUGACUGCUGGCGAGAGCGGUUUGUGGGCCCCCAGAGCGUACGGCAUCCUGGGAAGAGACGCCACAAGAAUGUCGUUCUGGAAAGAGUGGCUGCGAGCCGUUGUCGUGCCGAUGACCGACGGCGCCGUGCUACGGGUACCGCCUAGCUCCCCCAAAGUUGGCCGCUGGCAACCCCUCGAGCGAUAUGUCGUCAACCUUUGUACCGAGGCAUUCAGCCCGCUGGCCUCCAAAACGCAGGUUGAGCUGGGCGUGCGGGAGCUGCGCCUCUAUUGCCGAAAGGAGGCCAUAAAUGAGAUACCGGGGGCGAGGACCAUUGACAUCUACGCCCUUUUCAGAUGUCUGUCCAUGGAGAAUAUUGUUGCUCUUUUCGAGUAUGCCAUGUCCGAGUCGCGUAUCAUCUUCAUGUCCUCCCACACCGGCAUGCUCCACCUGGCAUGUCACGCACUGGUCAACCUGUUGUAUCCCCUUAAGUGGGCGAGCAUCUUCAUUCCCGUGCUUCCCGCUCGUCUCAUCUCCGCCCUGGAGGCACCUUGCCCCUACAUCGUCGGCAUUGAGCGACGGUAUGAGAAGAUCGAGCUGCCAGACGACGAUUAUGUGUUGGUCGAUCUGGACAUGGACACGAUCGAUGCCACUGCGCAGCCGGUCCGCCUGCCGCGGCAGCACCGCCGCAAACUCCUCUCCUUGCUGCACGUGGCUGCCCCGCAUCACAUCCGGUACGGAGUGACUACCGGUCCCCCACCAUACGCGAUGGAGUCGUACCCGUACGAUGCCUUUUCGGUCGAGAACGACACGCUGUUCAACUCGAGUGUUGCCUCGAGCUCCCUCGGGAAAUGGGUUACACAGAACUCUUCAUCGUUUGGAGAGCCAGAAGCACCAAACUCGGUGCGACCCCCAAUCUUUAAUGCCUUUUUGCAUUCAAAGUUCGGCGAGCACAGCAAGUCGGACCGGCCCGACACCAGCAAGUCCGGGAAAACCAGCCCGCAAUCCUCGGUUUCACCGGUGUCCAUGAGCUUUCCGCCCAUGCCAACGACGCCUGUGUCACGAAGUGACUCUGGCUUCGCCCAGACUCUGAGAGAAAAGAAGUCCGGUCACUUUGACGAAAAGUCUCGGCGCAGCUCGUCCUUCGGGAUGGACAAGCACCCGCCGCUGCAUCGACCAAGCUUGCCCUUUUUGAACGGCCACAACCCUAGCAUGUCGGUAUCCGCCCUCUCGGUCGACUCGCAGUCUUCGUAUGGGGGCUACACGCCGGGUUAUGCGCCGUCGGCCUACGCCCAGUCCACGCUGGCAGCAUCGACCAUCAUGCCUAAUAUGCUGAUCCAGCCCGUGAGGAAUACCGAUACCAUGGUCUGGGUGGAGGGACAUUGCUUCAACUGGAUCCCCCACGACAUGUCGUCUACCUGUUCGGUCUGCGACGAAAGGUCCGAGGGAGACGGCAUCUAUCAGUGCUCCCACUGCGAUGGCUAUGCUCACAACCGCUGCCUCGGACAGGUCUCGGUAGUGUGCAAAGAAGCAUUUCACGCAGACCGCGUGCGAGCCGCCUUCGUCCGAUGCCUCGCCAGCUUGCUGUACACCUACAGGAAGCACCUCGGCCGUCCCACCCGGGAGCAAAAGAGCAACGGGCAGCUUUAUUCCUUCGACAUGACUGGUUUUAUUAAGAGUCUUCCUUACGACCAACAGGAAUAUGCUACCAUGUUGAGAGAUACUCAAGCUUUCAACGAAUUCAUUCAUGAACGAGAGACUCAGUCAGCAUCGCACUCUUCGAUCCGUCUCUUCGAUGAGAUCAUCAUGGCGAAGAAGGCCCGAGGACGGCCGGGGCUUUCAACGGGGUUCUCACGUCUUUCGACCAUCCGCAUGUCCCACGGCGCAUCGAGCAACGCCUCGGGCUUUGCUGCACCGUCAAAGCUCAAGAUACCCACUUACCUGGGCGACACUUCCGACCACAUGUGGCGGACGGCUUCGGUGCCCGUUCCCAGCGCUAAAUUCCCGGGCGAAUAUCACACCGUUGUCAGUCGGGUUCCCGCGAAGCUGGACACCAGUCUGAUGAGAGAGCCUCGAGCGAUCCAGGGCGUCCCUCGAGCCGAGCAACGGACACGGGGCCUCAUCCGGAAGCAGGUUCCCAGCAUGGUCGGCAGUCCGCCCAACUGAAUGAAUGAAUCGAAGAGGAGAACUGCCGGCGUAAACGCUGGGCGCCAUGAUUCGACGACCAUUUUAUAUUCUGCUUCCUGCGCCGCGCUGUACGAUAGAGAGACUGUAUGUGUAAUAAACGGCGGGAGGCAGAACUGUACAAAACCAUAUUGGCAUAAGGGGGGAGUCCGGAGAUCAAAAAGAGGCCAGGGGGUUCUCAUUAGAAGCCGUCUUUUUCAUCGCCAGUCUUUUGUUUCUAGUUGCGAGAAGGAACUUGGAUCCUCAUGGCCAUUUCCGGAUAAUUGCAUUGUGGUUGAGCCGGAUAUGCAAGCUAGCAAGCAGGUAGAGGACAUCACUGGCGGGCGGGAAGAAAUCUCUUCCCCUCCCGCGAGAUUCGACGCUGCAGGCUGUCUGUAGCCGCGGCGUUUGUUGGACUUUUUUAUAUAUAAUUGUUUUGCGCAAGAUUAGAUCAACAAAGAUGAAAGAGGAU